AUGGACAAAUGGCAGUUUGAUCACACGUGCAUGCUGUUGCCCAUGGGCGGGCCAACAACAACCGGCGUGGCUCUGGUGAGCUUACGCUUCUUAGCUUCCGCCGUGCUCCUGUACAGUGUCUUCUACCUCGCGAUGGCCCGCGGCACGUGGUACCGCGAGCAUUUCUUCGUGAACGAUGAGCUCGACUAUGACAUAUCCUCGGGGGCAAACAUGAGCACCUCUCAAAACCAGCGCGCACUGUUCCUGCUACUGCUUCCCGUGGUGGCUGCGGCUCUCGGCGGAAUCUACCAAGCGGUCUGGAAGUACAGGGAAGGCAAGGCGACACAGGAUGGUUUGCCCGCAUCGUCGUCUUCGAAGGUUCAGAGCUUUCUCAAGGCGUACAACAGCAUCAUCCACUUCCAAUUCAGGCCUCUGGGGAAACUGUCUCCGCUGUCUGUCAUCGCCGCGUACUUCGGGUUCGCGGCCUCCUGCCACUUCGCCGUCAUCCUCAUCCCCGUCGCCCGCGACAGCAAGCUCUGGUCGGCCGUCGGGAUCCCGUUCGAGCGGGCCGUCCUCUACCACGUCAUCGCCGGGCACCUGGCCUUCGCCACCAUGUUCCUGCACGCCUUCCUCUUUCUGUCGUCCUGCGUGUGGGAGAACGGCUGGAGACACGCGUGGGAGGUGUCCACCCUCCAAGCCAACGACGACUACGGAGAUGUGGACGUCCCCAUGGGGUGGGCCGCGGGGCUGUGCGCGCUGCCCAUGUGGAUCACCUCCGUCAACUACGUCCGUCGCCGCUGGUACAGCCUGUUCAAGGCCAGCCACUGGCUGUUCAUCGGCGUCUUCAUCUUCGGAGCCCUGCACUGGGACACCAACGCUAUCUACUUCGGUGGAGGUCUGGCGCUGUACAUCAUGCACGUCAUGUCAAGGCUUUCCGCGUGGAAGAGGUGGCGCUACUGGAACCGCUGGUUAAAACCUGCCGAGAGCCCCAGCCCCACGAGCCUGCUCGACGUGCACACCACCGAGAACUACACCCGCCUGGUCCUCAAGAACCCCAAGUGCGACGAGCCAGCCAGAGGAGGGUCGUUCGUCUACAUCAGCGUGCCGGGUGCGCUUGGAACCGACGAAGCCCACGCCAUGUCCGUCGCCCUUCGCGGGAGCCCCCCCCCCUCCUCUUUCAAGACCAGCGUGGCCCCCUUGUCAGUACCGCAGGAGGAGAUUUUCACGCUGUACGUCAAGGACCUGGGGCCGUGGACCAAGGCCCUUCGCAGGGCGGCCGGCAACGUUGCUGACCCCGGGGCGUUGCUGGUGGACGUGGACGGGUUCUACAGCCAAGUGGCAUCUUUCAACACCAUGAUGAAGAGAGGCGCAUCUCGCGUGGUUAUCAUUGCUGGCGGGUCUGGCGUAACCUCCGUGAUGGGCUUCAUCCAGGACUGGUGUGUGGUGGCUGCGGCCGGGUCGGUGGUGCCCGAGGUCCACCUGGCAUGGUGCUGCCGUACCAUGGUGGAGAUGCAGCUCGUCGGCGAAUCCAUCCCGUCCAUGCUCGCCUCCGCCGGAAGCAAGAAGGGCUCACACUUCACGCUGUCGCUCUACUGCACCAGCAAGACCGGUACGGACCCUCUGAGUGUAUCAUGGCCUGUGAACUGCAACGCCUAUGGCGGCCUCUCCAUGGAGCAAGUCAUGGGCAAGAACCCCAUCGCCGCGAGCCUCAACCACAGCGUCCGCAUCCUUCUCGCAGGCGGUGCCGCGUACGGCGCGUACGUCCUGGGCACGUUCGAUGUCGCCCGUCGUGGGGAGAGGGGGUAUCACUCAGGUGGCACCCGACUGGUGCUCAUGAUCGUGUGCAUCGUCAGCGCUCUCAUCGUGUACGACUGGUUGGCUUACUUCGUCCUAACGUUCCCGUGCAAGGACAGCGGGUUUUCCUCGGCUCAGACACACCCGAGCUAUGCAUCGAAGGCGGCGGUGAUUCACAACGAGCCCAAGCAGGACGCCCUGGAGUCCUCCGCCACCACCGCCUACGACGUCCUACGGCAGCGCGUUCCGACGAGGGCCUUGCUCGUCCAGGAGGCCGAGCUCGCCAAGAAGAAGGGCCACCGGUCGGUCAAGGUGCUCACCAGCGGCCCUCAGGCCCUCGUCGACGGCGUCUUGGCCGACGCCCGCGCCGUGGAUUGGCAGCUGUUCGACACAGAGGAACUCUCGUACCAGUUUUGA